GGAGCAAGUGGAAGAUGGCUGUUUACUGUCCAAUGUUUUGAUACAGUCUCGGGCUUUUGAUGGUGCAUUGUGUAUUUAAAAAUUAUGCCACAAAAUGAUUAUCUUGUGAUCAUAUAAUCACAGCGUUAAUGGUGAGAUUAAAGCCUGGAUAAAUCUUCCUUUGCUAGGCCAUGGGUGCCCAGCAGGGCAAAGAAAAUCGAGGAAGCAGUUCAUCAGUUGGUAGUGGCAGUCAUGGGGGUAAAACAACAAAACAUAAAUCUAAAUCAAAGGAUACUAGAAUAUCAUCUGGAGCAGGAAAUAUAUUCACUGAACAUAGUGCUUGUUUUUCUACAGAGGCUCUCCUUCAAAGUCGACCUCUGCCUGAAAUUCCCGGUCUUUUAGAUGAUUCGGCUGCUAGUCUUCCGUUAAGUGUUGAAACUGCAUCACGAUGGAUGUCCAAAGAAAAUCUUUUACUCCAGGAGGAUGCGGAUCCCCAGGUGUUUGUAGCUUUGUAUGAUUUCCAAUCAGGAGGAGAAAACCAACUUUCUCUUAAAAAAGGUGAACAAGUACGAGUUCUUUCGUAUAAUAGAACUGGUGAAUGGUGUGAAGCUCAAUCAAGAACCGGUCAGGUAGGCUGGGUGCCAAGUAAUUACAUAACUCCAGUCAACAGCUUAGAAAAGCAUUCCUGGUAUCAUGGGCCUAUCUCUCGUAAUACAGCUGAGUAUUUGUUAAGCAGUGGCAUCAAUGGCAGCUUCCUGGUCAGAGAGAGUGAAAGCAGUCCAGGCCAGCGAUCAAUCUCCCUACGGUAUGAAGGCAGAGUUUACCAUUAUCGUAUCAGUGAAGACACCGAUGGCAAAGUAUUUGUUACAUCAGAAUGCCGUUUCAACACAUUAGCAGAGCUUGUUCAUCAUCACUCUAUGCAUGCAGAUGGGCUAAUUACUUUGUUACUGUAUCCUGCUCCCAAACGUAACAAGCCUGCUGUUUUUGCCCUAAGUCCAGAACCUGAUGAAUGGGAAAUUGAUCGUACAGAUAUUGUGAUGAAACAUAAAUUGGGAGGUGGGCAGUAUGGUGAUGUCUAUGAAGCAAUCUGGAAGCGGUAUAAUGUGACAGUUGCUGUAAAAACAUUAAAGGAAGAUACAAUGGCUCUGAAAGAUUUUUUAGAGGAAGCAGCUAUUAUGAAAGAGAUGAAGCACCCAAAUUUAGUUCAAUUAUUAGGUGUUUGUACAAGAGAGCCACCAUUCUACAUAAUUACUGAAUUCAUGCCUUGUGGAAAUCUUCUAGAUUAUUUAAGAAAUGCUAACCGUGAAGAAAUAAAUGCUGUUGUGCUGAUGUAUAUGGCAACACAAAUUGCAUCAGCGAUGUCUUACCUUGAAUCUCAUAGCUUCAUCCACAGAGAUCUGGCAGCUAGGAAUUGCUUAGUAGGUGAAAAUCAUCUUGUGAAAGUUGCUGAUUUUGGAUUGGCUAGACUCAUGAGGGAUGACACCUACACAGCUCAUGCUGGUGCCAAAUUUCCUAUAAAAUGGACUGCCCCUGAAGGCCUUGCAUAUAACAAAUUUUCAACAAAAUCUGAUGUUUGGGCUUUUGGUAUUUUGCUAUGGGAAAUAGCAACAUAUGGGAUGUCACCUUAUCCAGGUGUAGAUUUAACAGAUGUUUAUCAUAUGCUUGAAUCAGGCUACAGAAUGGAAUGUCCUCCUGGAUGUCCUCCUAGAGUUUAUGAGCUGAUGAGACAAUGCUGGCAUUGGGAACCAUCAGAGAGACCGACUUUCAAAGACAUCCAUCUAACACUUGAAACAAUGUUCCAAAAUUCUAGUAUAACUGAAGAGGUUGAAAAACAGUUGGAGCAACAAACUCCACCUUCUUCAUCAUUUAAAAAGCAUGGUGGCAGUAGUGGAAAUAUCCAGGCUUUAGCUGCAGAAGAAACUGAACAAGGAAAUCGUACCACAGUACAAUCUAAACAGCCUACUGUUUCUGUUGGUAAAUCUACAAUUGUACAGUUGAGACGCUCUGGUCCCCGUAGCAAAACUGCACCUGUUCCUCCUAAAAGAACAAGUUCCUUUCGUGAUAGUACGUAUCAAGAUAAAAUGGGAGAAGAUGGAUCUGAAGGCUCCAAAGAAGCUGUUAAUGGAUUGGAGAAGGUGUUUGAAAAUAUAAAUAAAGAAUUGCAAGAUCUGAAUAGCAGUGCUGGUGAGACUGAAAGUGAUGUUCAAGAAAGAACUCCUGACACAGAAGAUUCUGAAAGUCAUACUGCAACUUCAGCUUUAAGUGUUCCAAAUGCUGUACAGAACCAAUCUCAACAACAAAAACUCAAAAAGACUAGAACUUACCCUCCAAACAUUCAGCAACGCAUGAAAGACAGUUCUCAGGUAGCUAGUAAAAGUCAACCAAAAAAGGUGCAGAUAGCAGCUUUAGAAGUGCAGAAUGUAAAAAGAGCAAUAAACAGGUAUGGCACCUUACCAAAAGGAGCUAGGAUAGGUGCCUACUUAGAAUCUUUACGGCAGCAUGGUCUUCAUGCUGGUUCUCAACCAGAGCCAGUUUUGGAAACUGAGUUGGACGUUCUCAAAGAAGUAAACUCAGAUGCAAUGUAUUCUCAUGCAAUAGAACCAUCUCAUCAUCAAAAUAAUUGCAGCAAUGUAACACCCACUAACAUUGAUAAUGCCCACUUGAACAGUUUGCGGCAAGGUUCAGACGUUUCUAGAUACUUUUCUCAUGGAGUUUUACAGCGACAAAAGUCAGAUUUAACACAUACAAAAUCUAGUGAAGUAUUUGAAACAGGUUCAAUUCCAGAAACUCAUCACAUAGCGAUUAAACCUGUUCCUUCUCCUAGAUUGCCUCGCAAUAAAAAAGCUGAUCGUUAUACUCUAAAAAUGGGGAAAUCUGAAGAUAAUAGUCAUACCAGUAAAGAGCUUCGAGAUAUGAAUGGUGAUAAUGGUGCAUUAUUUGGUGUAAGUUUAAAGCACAGAGAUUCGAUUGAUGAUGACAGACUAGCUAAUAAUCAAUCUCCUCCACCUUUUGGCUGUGGUUUAGUCAGACGCACAUUGAAAAAACGUCCUAAGGAUCGACCGCCAAGUCCACCAAAACAUCCUAUUGUUAAAAGUGGCUCAAUGGAUGAUCAUUUAGGAAGAACAAAUGAAAAAUCUCCUAUGUCAAAUUCAGCUUCUGAUCAUCUUAAUAGUCCUAUCUCUUCUUUAGGCUCUAAUGCAAAUAGUCCACCACAGGGAAAAGACUCUAGAACUGGAAAAGAUUCACAAAUUGAUAGUGAUUACAAGACAAAUAAUGAAAAUCCACCUCCUAUAUCGAAUGCUUCAGAUUUCAGACAAAAUUUAAAGCCUGUUGCUAAUUCAAGGUAUAAAAUGACUCCAGCUCCAGCCCCACCUGCAAAUCCAGCUGCACAGCUAGUAUCGGAACUUUUUGAGAGCUUGAAAAUGAAAGCUCGUAAGAGGGCAGCAGAAAUGGAUGCUUCUCAAACUACUAAUACAUCCAACUAUAAUAAUACAGAAAUUACAAAACCAUCUCCUACUGAUCAAUUGCCAAAAAAUAUACCAACGAUCAACAAAGAAAAUAUUCAGUGUGAUAAUCUGGAUUCUUCUAGUGUUGUUCACAAUCAUGUGGUAGAAAAUUGUAGCGAAAUAGAAAAGAAGCGAAACAUUUAUUCAAAACCAGUUUUUGAUAGGAUGUGUGCUUCAUUAGAAGAAGAUAAAUUAAAGGAUCAUGUUACUCCUCCUGUCCAAAGAACGAGUGUUUUAUCUGAUGGGGAAAUCAAACAUGAACAUACAGAAAUAUCAAACCCUGAUAAAGCAAACCUUGUUGAAAGUGAAGAUGAAAAUAAAAGGCAUAGUUCUGGCAGUAUUAGUAGUUUAAAGAAAUUGUGGGAAAAGGAAACAGGUGGGCAUAAUUUUGAAAAAUCAUCAGAAAAUUCAAAGAAAAUGUGUCCAAAAAUUAUGGCUCAACAACUAGAAUCAAGAAUGAAAAGAAGCUUCGAAAUGCCUGAAACUUCUGAUCAAAAGAUAAGUAGUACACACUCUGAUUCUGGCGAACCAGAGAAAAGUUCUAGGAACAAUUUGGUGUCUUGGAAAAGUUCUCCUCCUUUACAACCUAAAUCAAAUUCUAAUCUAGUUCGAGAUAGUGGUACUAAUGAGGUUAAAAAAGAUGACUUGAAAAAUAUUGAAAAUGCAUCUGGGACAUCAAAGUCUGAAUCUCAGGAACAUUCAAGUGAUACUAUAGCAUCAUCUGGGACACUUUCAAAACCACAAGUUCCGCAGAAACCACCUGUGAAAGGUUGUCGGCCAGUUGCUACGGUUGCACCUGUCACGAAACCAGCUAAACCAAUUUUAAAACCACAGUUAUUGCCUAAAAGUGGAAUAAAAGGCUUAGAAAGUCCUACAUCACAAUCCAGCUCAGAACAAUCUAAUAAAGAAAAAUCUAUUGAAAAAAAUGAUAAUGAGAGUAAUUCAAAAUCUGAACUUGCAAAUACCAAAGCAUCAAUAGUAGAAAUUUCAAGUGCACUAGAAAAUAAUAUAAUAGGACUUAGAAAUGCUGCAAGCAUAAGUAGCAUGAGUAUAAUUCAAUUGACUGAUAAAGUACAACUUUUUCGUACUUCCUGCUCUGGAUAUGCUGAAUAUAUCCCUCCGCAUGGCAGGUUUCGUUUCCGUGAACUUUUAUCGCGUCUUGAAAACCAAGGAGAACAACUAAGAACUUGCAAUAGCAACAAUAGUAGUGACAGUGCCAAGUUACUGUCAGAUUUGCAAAAUACAGUACAUGACCUUGUUAAUGUUGUACAGCGGUGAACAUCCUUUUUGUACAGUGCUGCCUCUACUUUUUCAUUGCCUCAUUGUGCAUUUGAUGCUGAACAGGGAAUAACGACUUGAAAAGACUCCUAGUCGUUAAUUUUCUUGAACAAAAUGAAAACCUGACAUUGCAGAACUUGGAAUUCCUUAUCAACUAUGUGUGUUCCUGGGCAAAAUGUGUCUACUUUUGAAAAUUUGGUACAGUAAUUUAUAAAACAAUCGUUUAAAUUUUUAUACCUCAUUUUUACAUUUUUUAGUAUCUUUUAGGUUGCAUUUUCUAUAUUCUGAGUAUUUAUUAAAGUUAUAAAGGAGCAUCUUCACACUGGAGUUUUGAACUUGCUACUGCUCUAUUUUUAAUUAAUGAAUGAAUGAACUGCACUGGGGGCAUAUAUUUAGGUUUCAUAAUUCUAAUUUAAAUGGUGAGAUCUUUAAAAUAGUUCUUUCAGAACUCUUUAAAAGAUCCCAUCUAAAAAAUAUUAAAGUUCUUGGUCUUUUAUUUUUUCAAAAAGUUCUUAAAGAAAAUGUAUUUUUAUGCAUUUACUUGUUUUUACUCAUGGAAAAUAUUGAAAGGUAAUUAUGACACUGAAGCAUUUUAAACAAAUAUUUUCAAUAGAGGCAGCCCAGUCUUGUGGCUCAUUAAUUUUUCUUAUAUUUAAUGAAGAAAAUCCAGAAAUAUGAUUUCUUUUAUAUCUUUUAAUUUAGAUCAUAAUAAGUAAAAUAAUUUUUGAUAAAUAUCCUGGCUGUUAGGAAUUAACAAUUUUUGUUGAUAUUUUUCUUUUAUCAAAAUAUUCUGGUUGAGAAAAAUAUUUAUAUUGAAAUGUGUAAUGUUUUUUCAGAGUGCCAACAAUAAUUCUUAAAAUUAAAAAAUAUGCAUAAAUAGUUAUUCAUUUUAAUAACACUCUGCAGCAAACUGGUUUACCUGUGAAAAAUUAAGUAUUCUUUUUGUUAAGAUUACUAUAUCUUAAAAUAAAAAUAGAGGAAACUCCUUAUAAAUUAUUCAUAUUUCUCACUAAUUUUCAGUUUACAUCGUUAGAAUAAAUAUAUGUUUUAAUGUUAUCUUAGCUAAAUCUGUGAUACUAGAUGAUACUGACUCUUUUAAUUAAAAAAAAUUACUUCAAAUAAUUUUUUAAUGUGAUGUUUAUUUUUAUUGCAAAUAGUUGCUUUAAAAUUGGAAUAAUUUUCCUUAUUAUAUUCAUAAUAUUAUCUUCUUUUGGUAAAAAUUAAAGAUUUUAUUCUAUUAAAUUUAAUACAGAUCUUCCUUCCUUCCCUCUCUCUUCCCACAAAAUUUUGGUUCAUUCAUUUCAUGUAGAUGACUAUUUGCCCACAAAUAACAUACAAAAAUACUUUUUAACCAAAUUAGUUUUGUUCAGCAUUUGAUUUCAAUUAAAUUAUUCUUAUAAAUUAGAAGCUACUAUAUUAAAAUUUUAUUGCCAUGGAAUGCUUUAGUAAAAUUUUUACCAUUCCAUAAAAUAUCUCUCAGGAAAAAUACUUAGUGGCAGAGAGGCGGUAUUCGAUCUUCCUCUACACAAGAUCGUAAAUGAUUCCUAGACUUUUGGAAUUGGAAAAACGCAAUCGUUGUACAUUUUUUUUAUAUAUUGGCAAACAAAUGGUUAGUAUAUCUCUUCCUGAACAAAACCAUACAUUUUACGUACUUUUUUAUUUUGUAUAAGUUCUUUUGUCUUCAGUUUAUAGAUAUUUAAUGAGUUUCUUAUUUUAUUUUUUAACCUGAAAUCAUUUUUCACAUCAAGAUUCGAACAUUUUAAUAUUGCAUUAAUUCAUUGUUAAAGAAUUGCCCAAAUGAAACUCAUUGUAUAUUUAUUUUCCAAUCAUAGUACUGUUGGUCAUUCAUUUGAAAAUCUUUAGAAAUGGUAUUUACAGUUCUAUUCUUAUUGCAAUGAUACUUUUUAUUAAUUCAUUCAUCAUAAAAUAACUAAUAAUAACAAUUUUAGAAAUUUCUUAAACUUGAAAAUUGGCAACAGAUAGAGAUCAAUGUUGAAGUGUUAAUUGUGUGUCAA